AUGGUUGUUCUUGCUCUUAAAACUGUGGACAAUAUCUGUAAGUCACUCAGAGGAUUACCUGUAAAUGUGGAACAUGAUUCAUUACGACAAAAAACUCAAAUUAUUGGCGAGCAGGACAAAACGAAAAUGUCUAAACCCGCUCCUGUACAAAAUGUUGAUAACUGGAGACUGACGGAAAACUUCCGCAUGCAAAAUCCGAUACAAACCCUCGAUGACGGAACAAGAAAAUUUAUUUUGCAAUUUGACUUACGUCAGUUUCUACCGGUCCGGGAGGAGAUUCAAGUUCGGACGACUGGAAACUCUCUGACGGUUAGUGCUAAACAUAUCGACACAGAUGCAAACAAAUCUGCCGCCAGGGAGUACAGGAGGUCGUACGUGUUACCAAAAGACAUCAAGCUGGAAACACUAACAUCUAAGUUAAGCAGUGGAACAUUGACAAUCGAAGCACCUCUACCUGCAUUGAAAAACUUUUCCCCGUAA